AGGCGUUCCCGCAGAAGAAGCAUGAGGAUCUGAGCGCCCCUGAGCUAAAGCUAACAUGAUGCGCUUGCUCUUCCGGUCGGCUGCGGGUUGCUGUCGACCAUUCCUUCCACAGCACACUCCACACAUCGGGGAGAGCUUCUCCAGAGUUGCUUUUCACAGAAAAAUGUUUCAUUACAUGACAGAAGAGAGAGGCCGACCGAACUCUCCCGACCACCGGAUCUAUUUCAAAACCUCAAAAGGAAAAUACAUUUCUCCGUUCCACGACAUCCCCCUCUAUGCAGUUGAUCACCAGGAGAACAGUGUACCAAGGAAAAGACAGAAAUGCUCUGACAGUGAGAUUCUGUUCAAUAUGGUUGUGGAGGUUCCUCGCUGGUCAAAUGCCAAGAUGGAGAUCGCCACAAAGGAAGCUUUGAACCCCAUUAAACAGGACAUGAAGAAAGGCAAAUUGCGAUAUGUGGCUAACGUCUUCCCACAUAAAGGUUACAUCUGGAACUACGGUGCUCUGCCUCAGACCUGGGAGGAUCCCAGUCAUAUGGAUAAGGACACCAACUGUUGUGGAGACAAUGACCCAGUAGACGUGUGUGACAUCGGCACCCGGGUGUGCAUCUCUGGUCAGGUGAUACAGGUAAAAGUGCUCGGAAUACUGGCUCUGAUUGAUGAAGGCGAGACUGACUGGAAAGUUAUUGCCAUCAACACGGCCGAUCCUGACGCUAAUAAACUUAACAGUAUUGAAGACGUUCGUAUAAACAGACCCGGUCAUCUGGAGGCAACAGUGGAUUGGUUUAGAAAAUAUAAAAUACCUGAUGGGAAACAGGAGAACCAGUUCGGCUUUAAUGCACAGUUUAAAGACAAGGACUUUGCUAUAGAGGUGAUUAAAUCGACACACACUUAUUGGAAAGCUCUGGUGCAGAAACAGAUAAAGUGUGGAGAGAUCAUGUGUCAGAACUCAUCAGUGUGUGACAGCCCGUUUCAAUGCAGUGAUGUCGAUGCUGCUGCAGUGGUAAAAGCUGCUCCAGAGUAUGGAAAGGCUUUACCACUUCCUCCAGAAGUGGAUAAAUGGCAUUUCCUGUCCCAGUGAUCCUGAAAGGUGUGAGCUCAAUCCCUAAUUUUGUUUAAAACACUGACACACCUGUAUUUCUUUACGAGGUGGAAAUGUUUCCAUUUUCCCUUUCACCCAACAAUUAUAUAAGCUUAAUUUUGUAAGCUAUUUAGGUCUGUUUCUUCGAGUGUAUAUGUAUAUAUACACACACACACAAUCUGCAUCACUUCAGAUAUUAAUAAUUAUAAUAAUAUAUAAGGAAGUUUGGUUUGGUGUAUAAAUAUCAUGUAUUACUGGUUUUAAUAAGUGACACCAGACAGAACCACAUGUCAAUGUGAGCACUUUUGUGUAACUAGAUUGUGUGUUGGGUUAAGUUUUGCUUUGUUUUUGUUUAUUUCAAAGAAAUGGGAUUUUAAAAGAAAGCAAUGUUUUCAAGCUCAUUAAAUGUAUUAAAUGGGUGUAACUUGGGGUGUAACUUUUAAUUUUUGUAAAAAUAAAUAUGCCAUAAAUAUA